GCCGCUCAGCCAUGUUGAAGAAGUCGCUCGGCGCGGAGAGAGCAAUAGGACUGCAUCCCGCCAUUGUGUGGAUUCUAAGCUCUGUAGAGAGACAGGGGCACUUGGCUAACUCUCAAAUAGACAUUUCCUACACCCUGCAGCUUAAAUAAAUAAAAAUAUUAAAAUACAAAGGCGCCAGGGAGAAAGACAUGUCAGCCAGCAGCCUUCUCGAACAGAGACCGAAAGGCCAAGGAAACAAAGUGCAAAACGGAGCUGUGACCCAAAAGGAUACUUUGAAUGAUGAUGAGUUUGAGCCUUACCUGAACACUCAGGCCAGACAGAGCAAUGCUUAUACGGCCAUGUCGGACUCCUACAUGCCCAGUUACUACAGCCCAUCCAUAGGAUUCUCUUACUCCCUGAACGAGGCAGCAUGGUCCACCGGUGGCGAUCCCCCCAUGCCUUACCUGGCCUCGUAUGGACAGCUGAGCAACGGGGAGCAUCACUUCCUGCCCGACGCCAUGUUCGGCCAGCCCGGCCCGCUGGGCAGCAACCACUUCUUGGGCCAGCACAGUUUCAACUUCUUCCCCAGCAACAUAGACUUCUCUGCCUGGGGCAACAACAGCUCUCAGGGACAGUCUACACAGAGUUCUGGCUACAGUAGCAGCUACGCCUACGCGCCCAGCUCGCUAGGGGGCGCCAUGAUCGACGGACAGUCCCCCUUCACCCAGAACGAGCCCCUCAACAAGGCCCCUGGCAUGAACAGCUUGGACCAGGGCAUGGCUGGACUUAAGAUUGGUGGCGGUGCUGGGGACAUGGGGGCCCCCAAGGUGGUGGGCUCUGGCCUCCCCGGGGGACCCCUAGGCCACAGCCAGGUUUCUGGUGGAGCUCCCAGCAUGCCACUGCCCCCCGUGUCCAUCGCCCCCGCCAAGCCCGCCUCCUGGGCGGACAUUGCCAGCAAGCCGGCCAAGCCGCAGCCCAAGCUGAAAACCAAGGGGGGCAUAACUGGGACCAACCUGCCCCCUCCGCCCAUCAAACACAACAUGGACAUUGGCACUUGGGACAACAAGGGGACCAUGCCUAAAGCGUCCACCCCCCAGCAGGCGCCUCUCCCCAACAACGGGCAGCCGCCCAACCAGGCCUCCCCUCAGCCCGGCACCAUGGCCGGAGGGACCCCGCAACUGCCCCUCAGCAACGGACAGUUGGUGGCCUCUUCGGCCCAGCUGGGGCAGCACCAAUUUCCCUCCAACGGACAACAGGGCAUAGGGGGUCAGCUGCAGCUUUCCCAGGGCCCUCCGCCUGCCACCCAGCCCUCUCAGCCCACCCGCUGGGUCCCUCCACGGAACCGUGCCAACGGGUUUGGGGAUGCCGGGGGUGGGGCGGGGCAGUCGCCUCCCAACUCGGGCUUGGGUGGGGUGCUGGUGCCCUCGGAGCCCCACCCAGUGCUGGAGAAGCUGCGCCUGGUCAACAACUACAACCCCAAGGACUUUGACUGGAACCUCAAGCAGGGGCGUGUGUUCAUCAUCAAGAGCUACUCAGAGGACGACAUCCACCGCUCCAUCAAGUACAACAUCUGGUGCAGCACGGAGCACGGCAACAAGCGGCUGGACGCCGCCUACCGCUCGCUGGGCGCCAAGGGCCCCCUCUACCUGCUCUUCAGCGUCAACGGCAGCGGCCACUUUUGCGGCGUGGCGGAGAUGCGCUCGCCAGUGGACUACAAUACCUGCGCCGGCGUGUGGUCGCAGGACAAGUGGAAGGGGCGCUUUGACGUGCGCUGGAUCUUCGUUAAGGACGUUCCCAACAGCCAGCUGCGGCACAUCCGCCUGGAGAACAACGAGAACAAGCCAGUGACCAACUCACGGGACACGCAGGAGGUGCCUCUGGACAAGGCACGGCAGGUGCUGAAGAUCAUCGCCGGCUACAAGCACACCACCUCCAUCUUUGACGACUUCUCCCACUACGAGAAGCGCCAGGAGGAGGAGGACUGUGUGAAAAAGGUGGAGGUCCAGGGUAGCGAGCCGUACCCCAGUAACCCCAACCCCAGCAGGAGUCAUUACAGACUUCAGGAGCGCCAAGGACGUGUCAAGUAGCAGUCACUGCUUUGGGCAAAAGACUGCAAUGACCCCUCUUUUUCCCCUUUCCAACCCCAUCACAUUCAGAUCUUUCAAGAAAUUCUAAAUGGGGUAAAAAUUUAACCAAGGACAAAAAAACAAAACAAAAUGAAGACUUUCUUGAUUUCUUUUUACUUUAAAAGACUGACUUCGAACUUGUAGUAAAAUAAAAAGAAAUUAUUAUUCAUAGGACUACAACUUUAAUGCAUAGCAUCCUUAGGUGAAUCUAUUUUUUUCUCUACACCCCCCCACCACCAAUCCACUACAUAUGCUUUUUUCUUCCUCAUAUGCUUCCCCCCCGCCUGUUUUUACAGUCCCCGAGAGCAAGUCUGUAGUUCCUCUCAUGCAAAAUUCUAGUGGACAUUUAGUGGCCGGAAGUCCAGGCGGGCCAUUUGUCUAAUUUCUUUGUAAACCCCUCCUCCCUCCUUCUGUGGGAGAUUAAAUCAUCCAAUCAGGACAAGGGGGGGGGGGGGUCUCCUCCUCAGUGGAUAUUCGUCAUCGCACCCUUCAAGAAGUUUCUUUUUCAUAUGCUUCCAUCUGUUAUAUAUAUAUAAAAAAGAAAGAACUAAACCGAAUGUUCGAGAUGACCCUGUUUAUUUUUUGUGUUGGGCAGAGAGUGUGUGGGGAGAGUGGGUUAAGUUUGUGGGAGGGGGGGAGUUGAAAGCAAAAAUAAUUGUUACGUUUAGCCUUGGUCAUUGUAUAAUUUUAUGUACAAUUGUACGAAAUGGGGCCCUGUUUGCGGUCUUCAGAACUUAUUUGCCCUCUUUCUUGGACUGGUUUAUUAUUGAUGUUUCCAUGAGCUGCUUUCCUCCCGCCAUCUUUGUUUCUUCCUCAUCUUCCUUCCGUUUUCUUAAAGACCGCGUCGACGCGAGUGUCCUUGCCCCACUCUUUCUAUUAAUCAGUUCAAAGUAAUAAAUGUCGUAUACUCAGCAAGAACUCGUGUGCAUUCCCCUUGUUUGACUGUAAGCACUUUUCAUGCUUUGUGCAUCCUUUUUCUGUUAUGUUUUUUUUAAAGGGUAAAUGAAUGUUUUAUUACAAAACAACAAUUACUUGGUAAUUAAACCCUAUUCCCCCACACACACUUAAUUAUACCCCAAACACCCCUCUUUGCACCACUAACCACCACUAUCCCUUUCCACCGUGCCCCUCUAUUGGCUGCUCAACCAUAACACCACCCUUGCAGAAUGUCAAUGUUGGUGAAGAAACUACUGGCUUUUCUCUGUGGCAUAAUAAAGUCAAGCUUGCUAUUU